UGGAACGCCUGGAAGAAAAGUGAUGUUGGCAAGUCAAAACACUGAUUGGAAUAAUGAUAGUUUGGUAUAGUUUCUGAUGUUCGGAGAUUUGUUUUUGGACGAAAAGCCAAAUGCAUCGUGCGAGGAGAAACCACCAAUCUCCAAGACAAGUGACAGCACAUCAAAUAGCCCAGCCCGUGAGAGAGGUUCUACGGGCUUCUGUGGCCUUCAAAACCAAGGGGGGACAUGUUACUUGAAUUCGCUUAUUCAGACACUUUUUCUUACUCCGGAAUUUACAGAAAAUAUAUUAAAACUUGAAAAAGACGAACUCCUUGCUAAUGAUCAGAGCAAACUUGGAGUUAAGACCAGGGUUAUACCCCUUCAGCUACAAAAAGUGUUUGCUAAACUGCUGUUACUAGAGCAAGAAAGUACAAGUACACAGGAUCUCACAGAAAGCUUUGGAUGGUCUACUGCUCAGUCAGGACAGCAACAUGAUGUUCAGGAGCUCAACAGAAUAUUAUUCAGUGCCAUUGAGUCUUCACUCAUAGGGACUUCAGGAGAGCAUUUGAUCCGCUCCCUUUAUCAUGGAACAUUUGUUACACAGGUUGUUUGCCAAGAGUGUCAGACAAUCAGUGAAAGAGAAGAAGACUUUCUUGACCUCCAAAUGGUUGUUUCUGGUAGUGGAAGUCUCGAGCAAAGCUUAAAGUUCUCAUAUCUUGAUGCUGAGAUUCUUUCUGGUAGCAAUCAAUACAGAUGUGGUCAUUGUGAUAAACUUGUUGAUGCAGCCAAGUUCUCCAGACUGAGGGCUCUUCCACCAGUCCUUACAUUCUCCUUGUUGCGAUUCACUUACGACAUUAAGACAUUUGACAGAAUCAAGGAUACAAGAAAGUUUACAUUUCCCAUGCUACUUGACAUGUCUCCAUUCUGUACACACCCAAGCGAGAAUGAUCUUUAUGAGCUGUUUUCAGUUGUGAUUCACAGGGGGAGCUGUCACGGGGGCCACUACCAUGCCUAUGUCAGAGAUGAUAUUGGACUUGGCAAAUGGACUACACCAGAAGAGGAAGAAAUUCAUUUGAGACCAUCAUCAACUGGUACUAGUUCUGAUGAUGUUGUAAGCUGUUCAGAUCCUGUAGUGCUGCUGAUGCGUUUGCUUCAGAGAGCUGGUGGGAAGACAUCUAUCAACAGGCUUUGUCAGAUUUUGCUCAAGGAAACAGGGCGAACGUGGAAUAAGCGUUUCAAGACCCAGUGUGGACCAAUUCGCAAGUUUCUUGUUAGGUAUUCCGACAUCUUUGCUGUUAAUGAUGGCGAAGUUGAACUGGUCAGUUCUGACUAUAACCCAGAAAUGUUUGAGUGUGGAAACACGACACGACAAAUGACAAGAAAUACAGGUUCUCCACCUAAAAGUUCUGAUGUGAACGGCAACUGGUUUGACUUCAAUGACCAUCGAGUAUGGUGCAUCAACCAGUCUGAUAUUCAGCGACAAUUUGCAGGGAAGGAGAGUGCCUACAUGCUCUUCUACAGAAGAAAAAGUACGCACUCAACAGCGCCCAAAAAAGAGAGUUUGCUGUCCUUAGUGCCACCCUGGCUGUUAGAUGAAGUCGAGCAGUUGAACAAGGAGUUACACCAUGCAAGGAAGGAGUACGACAUACAACAGAACCUUAUCAACGUGGCCGUUCACUUUGCUUCUGAUUUCGCUAUUUCUGAUGAUGGGGUUUUGACCCGGAGACAGGGUCUAUCUGUGUCAGAUGUUGUCACCGUUGACCGAAGAAAACUGGUCAGUGAGUUUAUCAAAGAAGACGUUUACAAGGUUUGUACGAGAUCAGGCAGGGUGCUCGAUCGCUGCAGAGUCCAUUCAGCGAGAAGUCUUCCAGUAGGCCUUCAUUUAUACGAAGAUGUGACCGAGAAAAAUGUUUCGUUAUCAGAAUGUGACAGCUGCAGUGAGUUGGAGGUGUUCGUAUGGGAUGGCAAGCAGGUUGAUGGAUAUACACCUGAGUGUGGGCUGGGGAACGAACCGGUUCUUCUUCACUUUGUCCACUGCAAGGAAGGGAGUAAGGAAACGUCGGAGACAACCAAAGCUUUCAAGAAAUGUUCUACAUUCAUAGAUCUCAAGAAAUUUUCCAGUGAUUUGACGGGUAUAGCUUCUGGAAAUCUCGAUAUUUCCUUGAUCACAUCUUCAGAAGGUCCUGUAAUAAAGAAUAAAAAACUUCUGAGUAACGCUGAGCAGAAUGAAUCCACAAUCAAGGAUUUGUUGCUUAGCAAUGGGAGCCGACUGUUCAUAAAGAAAGAUAUUUUAAGAGAGAGUGAGACACAAGUGGGACCGUCACAGUCAAACUUUAACUCAUCUACUUCGCAUCUCACACUUGUUGUGGAGAAUCGCUGUCUGGGAGACGUUUUCAGUAAAGUUCCUGAAAGCUCGUCUUUCCCAGUGAUGUCUGUCGAAUUUGAAAAUUGCAAGACGGUUUUCGAGUUGAAGCGCAAGAUUGUCUCAACGAUCAACGUCGAUUUGUCAGAGUCCGAGUGUAUACUCCGAUAUGACGAUACGCCACUGGGGUGUGGCCGACCUGUGUACGAACACGAACUAGUCGAGGAGGCUUGUAUCUCUGAUGGACAAAGGCUUCUGUUAGAGCCAGGGACUCCCCUCCAACCCGACCAGUUAGCCCUGAGGUUCUACGUUAUGGCCACAGGCCACCCACGGACCGAGCGAGAAUUCAUUGCAAACAAGACGAACACAGUCAAGCAGUGUGUACAAGGAUUGAUAAAGACGACUGAACUUCAAGGGGAGUGGCGGCUGUGUAGAACUAACUGGUACGGGGAGCUCGCGGGUGAGCUGGAUGACGAAGACGCCUCGCUUGAGGAAGAGAAUAUCAAAAGUGGUGACGCAGUGGUACUUGCAGAGGGAAAACUCCUACCGAAGGGUUUUAUAAGAUUAUCGCUUCGACUGUCACCAGAAAAUGAAGAUAGUUCUGACGGAUUGCACCGGGAGAGUCAGUUUUCAGGCUCUUUAGGAGAUGUCGAGAUCUCUCAAGAUAGCACGUUACUUCAACUAAAGGAAGAAAUAAUGCGCCUUACACAGAGUAUGAACAUACCUUCACCGCAUCACCUCAGAGUACAGGAAGUCAUACAUGGAGUACCCGGCCGGGUCUUGCGAAUGCCUGGACACACCUUGAGAUAUCAUAAGCUGAAGACAUCAAGUGAGCUCAGUGUGCAAAUACUAAAAGAGGAAGAACACUUAAGCCCGUCAGCGAUCCUAUUGAAUUUGCGGAGACGUGUACCGAGUACAAGAACUUACUCACGAUCAACUCAGGUGAUCUUCGAUCCAAAAGAACGCGCCACACCGCAAGCUCUUCGGCAGUACAUCGGAAGUCGACUCGCCCUAAAUCCAGACAACAUACGAUUUGCCAAGUACUUAAGGCAAAAGCACGAGUGGCUGGAGCUCAGUAAACCUCUCAAGAAGGAUUCUUGUCUUGAAGCAGAUGGUGAGAAGUAUAAAAGAAAGACAAAAGAAGUCAACCUUCGCCACUCCCCGUUCCAUCUUCAGGAUGGUGACAUCAUCGGCAUCAAGGAAAUCGGACAAUUCGGUGAUGACAAUAACGAUUUCAGCACUGCAGAAGAUGACGAUGCAAGAAACCGACUAAGGCAUAUCGAAGAAGAAAAUUUAAAACGACAACGCGAGAGAAGGUCAGGUCGGUCAAGAAGACAAGAAGAAGUUCUUCGAAUACACGUAGAUGACUUUUCUUAAAACACAGCAUUGUCACUUUGGAACAUGAUUUUGAUGUUAACACGAAAAUUAUAAUUAAUAAAUUUUAUUUUUUCCUCCUUA